CGGCCGCCUGCGCGCAUGCGCACUGUGCCCUUCGGCAGGACCGUCAUGGCGACUUCUGUCCUCUGUCGCCUGUCGCUCGGGUCAAGCGGUAGGGCCGCGGCCCGCUCCGCUUCCAGGAUUUUUGGUGGAUCCUUAAAUCCAGUUGCAAGUGAAAUCCAGCAACAACAACAACGGAACCUCUCCCUUCAUGAAUAUCUGAGUAUGGGUUUAUUGAAAGAUGCAGGCAUAAGUAUCCCAAAAGGACAAGUUGCCAGUUCAGCUGAUGAAGCCUUCAAAGUUGCCAAAGCAAUAGGGUCGAAAGAUGUAGUAGUGAAAGCACAAGUUCUUGCUGGUGGUCGAGGCAAAGGGGAAUUUGAAGGUGGGCUGAAGGGAGGAGUGAAAAUCGUUUACUCCCCAGAGGAAGUUCGGGAUAUUGCUUCACGGAUGAUCGGGAAAAAACUAUUCACCAAACAAACUGGAGCGAAAGGGCGGAUAUGUAAUCAGGUGUUUAUCUGUGAGCGCAGGUAUCCAAGAAGAGAAUACUACUUUGCUAUCACUAUGGACCGGUCUUCUCAAGGACCUGUCCUUAUUGGCAGCAGUCAUGGAGGGGUGAAUAUUGAAGAUGUGGCAGCAGAGACUCCAGAUGCCAUUAUCAAGGAACCUGUGGACAUUAUGGAGGGAAUUAAAAGAGAGCAGGCUGUCAAGGUUGCUCAGCAAAUGGAUUUCCCAGCUGCACUGGUAGACGAUGCUGCUGAUGUCAUUGUACGUUUGUAUGAGCUCUUCUUGAAAUAUGAUGCCACAUUGAUUGAGAUAAACCCGAUGGUUGAAGACUCAUCAGGCAUGGUGAUGUGCAUGGACGCGAAGAUCACCUUUGAUUCCAAUGCUGCAUACCGCCAAAAACAAGUGUUUGAUUUGCAAGACUGGUCCCAAGAAGAUGAAAGAGACCAUGAGGCAGCAAAGGCAGAUCUUAACUACAUUGGACUAGAUGGCAACAUAGGCUGUUUGGUGAAUGGUGCAGGACUGGCUAUGGCAACCAUGGAUAUUAUAAAACUUCAUGGUGGCACUCCAGCUAAUUUCCUGGAUGUGGGUGGUGGAGCAACAGCCCAGCAAGUUACAGAAGCCUUCAGACUUAUUACUUCAGACAAAAAGGUUCAGGCGAUUCUGGUGAAUAUUUUUGGUGGCAUUAUGCGUUGUGAUAUAAUUGCUCAAGGGAUCAUUACUGCUGUUUCAGAUCUACACAUGAAAAUUCCCAUUGUUGUUCGAUUGCAAGGCACACGUGUCGAUGAUGCAAAAGCAAUAAUUGCUGCGAGCAGCCUGAAGAUCCUUGCCUGUGACGAUUUGGACGAUGCAGCUCGAAUGGUUGUAAAACUUUCAGAAAUUGUUUCACUCGCCAAAGAAGCUCAAGUCAACGUGAAUUUCCAGCUCCCAAUCUAAUUGUGAUGCUUCAACCUCACAGCUAAAGGCUUUAGUGGAAAUGUUUACUGAAUAGCUAUUUAUUUUUCAUGUGCUUUUGUUUCUUGAAAAUGAUGGCUGAAUAAAAGGAACGAAUGUGUUUAGCUGCUUGCAGUUAUUUGUUAGCUGCUUCUUUGAAACACAAAGACACAAGAUUCCUUAUUACAAUCUUCCCAAGCUAGUAUUAAAGUUCCAAAGUUUCUCCUCAGUUCAAUAGUUAGAAAAAAAAUUCAAAGGUGCUGUACUAUACAUUUACAAUGAUUAUUUACCAGGUAUGUUUUAUUUUGUUCAUGCAGCUGUGAUCCAUAUGGUCAGUGAUGUAACUGCGCUUUGAACAAUCUUCAUCUCUGGCUUCUACUAUACAACUAUAGGCUUGCAAUUAAUGUUGGCGAAAUUGGAAAAUUGCAUUAACAUUAUGAAGAACCAAAUGUCUUCGGAAUGCUUUAUAUGUUUUGUCUGCAAAAUCUCCCAACAAUAAUUUCUAGGUUUUAGUUCUUUCACACAAUGCAUGGUCUUCCCCAGUUCCCUCCCCCUGUGCUUAAGUUUUACUUGGGCACGCCCAGUUUUGUGAUACUGUAAUGUUUGAUUAUUGGAGUUGUUUUGUUUUACUUUGAUUCUGCUUUUGUGAAGGAUACAGGAAAAGAGCAUUUGAGUAUUUUUUUGCCAUGAGGUUAUACCACACCAAACGAUGUAUGUGUCACUUCAACUUAAAAAUUGUAUUAUCGUGAGUUAAUAAAUUCUCUAUUAUUAUCAGUGAA